AAUUUCCGAUUGUUAACAUUUUCUUCAUAGGAAAAGAACAUUCCUCGUACACGGCAAACGCGUUUGUAAUGAAUGUCCUCUUCGUGCACCAAAUUUUCUCCUAAUUCCUUCGCUUCCAUAUAUACCUUUACCACAGCCACCCGCCCCUGAAUAUGAACCCUCAACACUUGUUCAAGAAUCCCCAAACCCAACUGCAAACACUUACCAUCAUUCAUAGCAUCUGUCCAAGUACUAUGAAACUUACUCUGUUUCUUCUCCUUCUUCUUCUUCCAUCUCCCACAAACUCGAUUCGGAUUCACAGCACCAAUAACAGUCUACAACCUCCACAAUACAAAGAAGCUCCCAAAUUCUUGAACAACGACCACUGCAAGAACAGCCGACAGACAGUCCAUGUAGCAAUGACGCUUGAUCUCAAGUACUUGAGAGGCUCCAUCGCAUCGGUCCACUCCAUACUCAAGAACUCCGAAUGCCCACAAAACAUACACUUCCAUUUCAUCACUACAACACCAACAACUCUAACUCUAUCCUCCAUUAUCCAGUCCACCUUCCCCAAUCUGCAUUUCAAUACCUACCCAUUUCACAACGAACACAAAAUUAAGCAACUGAUUUCCCAUUCCAUUCGUCCCGCAUUGGAAAACCCUCUCAACUACGCAAGAAUCUACCUCACCAACAUUCUCGAUCCCUCCAUCACCCGCGCCGUUUACAUCGAUUCCGACACAAUACUCGUCGACGAUAUCCAGAAGCUCUGGUCCGUCGAACUGACGGGUUCCAGAGUGAUCGGGGCGCCCGAGUAUUGCCACACGAAUUUCACAAGCUACUUUAACGAUCGAUUCUGGGCUGAUCCGAGGCUGCCGCGGCGGGCAUUUGAAGGGAAGAAGAAGAGGCCGUGUUAUUUCAACACGGGCGUGUUGGUGCUGGAUUUGGAGAGAUGGAGAAGAGGAGAUUACACAGAGAAAAUGGAGGAAUGGAUGGAGAUACAGAAGGAGAAGAGGAUUUAUGAGCUGGGAUCUCUGCCGCCAUUGAUGCUGGUGUUCGGUGGCGAGAUCGAAGGGAUCGAUCACCGGUGGAACCAGCACGGCCUCGGCGGCGACAAUGUGGUGAAUAGCUGCCGGAGUUUGCAUCCGGGGGAGGUCAGCUUGAUGCAUUGGAGUGGGAAGGGGAAGCCAUGGGUGAGGCUCGAUCAAGGCAGGCCCUGCCCUGUUGAUCAUCUCUGGUCUCCCUAUGACCUCUUUGAACACACCUCUGCUCCACUUGUACAUACUUUUUGACAACGUCUUCAUACACCUCUGAACCUCAACAUUUUUUAUUUUUUAAUUUCUUUGUUAAUGAAAUGUAGAGAGGGGUGGGGUUGGCUGGGAAUGAGGCACUGUACUUUGCGGAAAGUAUACAACAUAAUUUUAUAAUACGAUUUUAUGAUUCAUGUCAA